CAUUACCAAAGCCUAACUUUGCGGUCUCAAUUGGUAGGUGAUGUAAUAAUUAUUACACAAAUGAUUUCUCAAAAUUGUUAUAAACCACAAAAAUAUCUAUUUUCAACAAUUUUUCCCUGUUACAGGAAAAUAUAAUAUUGAAUAAAUAAAUAAAAAUAAAAAAAUAAAUAUCCUCUCUUUUACAUUUCCUGAAGAAUCUCGUUGAUUUUCUCUCUCCUAAGAAUUCUCAAAUCUUCCUCCAAUUUAGCAGCAAACCAGGUUCCUCUCUCUUAUUCCGAUCUCUUUGUAAAUAUAAUAUAUAGUUUUGGAUAAUUAUAAACUUUAGUUUUGGGUAUUUAGAUUUGAUUACUGGAAUAAAUAUAAUUAUUUUGUGUAUGUUUUGCUGUAAAUAUUGUUGGGGUUGAGUGUUGUCAAAGAAAAGGUGAAGAAUUUGAGCUACCCAUUUCCUGGUUUGGGGUUUUUUAGAUUGCUUAGGUUAAUGGGUUUUAUGGGUAUUUGAUUAUUUUUGCUAUUAGAGGUUGUAUGCUGUAAUUUACAGCUUUGAUUUGUUUAGCUUCAUAAAUUUGUUUGAACUUCAUUAAUUGUUUAGGUUUUAUUGGUCAAUAUUUGGAAUUAUAAGGUGAAUUAAGCUUAAUUUGGUGUAUAAUCAUUACACAUAGAUUAGAUUUUACAAAGGGUAAGGGAGAAGAGGGGAAUUUGUGAUUAGUAAGCUGAUUAAGUAAGUUAUUGAUUGGUGAAGAUGGUUGAGGCAAUUGCAACUGCAUCUCUUCUAGGCUACCGGCCGCUAUAUGGCGGCUGGGGUUUGGGGGAUGCUAAUUAUAGGAGAAAACCUAUUGAGAAUGCCCGGUUUCCGGUGGAGAGGUUCAUAGGUGGAAAGAUGGCUUUGAAUCAAUGUUUAUGCAAGAAGAGAGUUGAGAGGGUAGACAUGAGGUCAAGGGGGUCUAUUGUAGCCCUUGCAAUGGAGUUGACGAAAGAGGCUUAUGCUUUUAAGGAAAAGGAUCGAAUACCACGAACUUGGAAUGAUAGAAUUGAAGUUGACACUGAUUUAAAAACUAGCAUGUGGCCUCCAAAUAAUAGGGCUGAUAAUCCGUCUUUGCAUAACCCUUUGCUUCGGCUUGAAAGGAUGGGUUGUGGGUGGCUAGGUGCUAUAUUUGAGUGGGAAGGGGUUAUAAUUGAUGAUAAUCCUGAUCUUGAGAAGCAGGCUUGGCUAGCUCUUUCUCAAGAGGAAGGAAAGACACCUCCCCCGACUUUCCUUCUUAAAAGGAUAGAAGGGAUGAAAAAUGAACAAGCAAUUUCUGAAGUCCUCUGCUGGUCUAGAGAUUCAGCUGAAUUGCGAAGGUUGGCUUCUAGGAAAGAAGAGAUAUAUCAACGAUUACAAGGUGGUAUAUAUAGCUUGAGAUCUGGGUCUCGGGAAUUCGUGGAUGUGCUCAUGGCAUACAAGAUUCCAAUGGCGCUUGUUUCUACCCGUCCAAGAAAAACAUUGGAGGCUGCAAUUGGAGAUAUUGAACUUGAAGGGGUGUUUAGUGUGAUUGUGGCUGCUGAGGAUGUUCAUAGGGGUAAGCCUGAUCCUGAGAUGUUCAUAUAUGCAGCACAAAGUCUAAAAUUUAUACCAGAGAGGUGCAUUGUCUUUGGAAAUUCAAACCAGACUGUGGAGGCAGCCCAUGAUGCUCGAAUGAAAUGUGUUGCUGUUGCUAGCAAGCAUCCUGUUUAUGAGCUUGGAGCUGCGGAUUUGGUUGUCAGACAUUUAGACGAGCUUUCAGUUGUGGAUCUAAAAAACCUCGCUGCUGUAGAAUCGCCUGAAUUUCAGGAGCCAGAGUUGGAGAUGGAGGAAGAAAUCGAGGAAGACAGGCAUUCAUCCAGGCCAACUGGAGUGGAUGAUAUCUUCUGGUAGCACACUCAAAAUGUACAGUAUGUUGUCAUCUAUUUGUUGGUAAAAAUAUUGGUUUCUUUUCCUUUUGUAUAGAAAAUUAGGACAAAAAAGUAGAAUUUAGGGGUGGUCUGCAUUGGACUACCUUUGUUACUCUUAUGUAUGUGGAUUAUGUUCAAUAUACGAGUUUGUUACUUCAAUUGCUCAUAAUAUUCAAGUUUGAUGUACUUCAUAAAUAUGUAUUUUUUAUUUUCUAAAUUUAUCUUUAGAAACAUUUUGUUA